AACAAACACAAAACUUGAUCUCACGACUCCAUCUUCUAAAAUUCAGAAUCUUUCUUUGAAACUUUUUUCGUGUGAAGAAAAUGGCACCAAAGGCAGAGAAGAAGCCGGCAGAGAAGAAACCAGUAGAGGAGAAAUCAAAAGCCGAGAAAGCUCCUGCAGAGAAGAAACCAAAAGCCGGCAAGAAACUCCCGAAGGAAGCCGGUGCCGGCGGCGAUAAGAAGAAGAAGAUGAAGAAGAAGAGUGUUGAGACGUACAAGAUCUACAUCUUCAAGGUUCUGAAACAAGUUCAUCCAGAUAUUGGUAUUUCAAGCAAAGCUAUGGGGAUUAUGAACAGUUUCAUCAACGACAUCUUUGAGAAAUUGGCAUCGGAAUCGUCGAAGCUCGCGAGGUAUAAUAAGAAGCCGACGAUUACUUCUCGGGAGAUUCAGACUGCUGUUAGACUUGUUCUUCCUGGUGAGCUUGCGAAACAUGCUGUUUCUGAAGGAACUAAGGCGGUGACUAAGUUUACUAGCUCUUGAAUUGUGGAUCUUGUUGAAAUCGAUGUUUGUAAAAUUAGGGUUUUUUAGAUUUGAUGGUUGUUGUUGACUCUUUGAUCGAUUUCUGUUUCGUUUUCUUGUUGCGAUGUUAAUCAAAUCGGAUCCGAUUUCUUUCUUAAAUCAAAUCUAUCAAGUAAAAUCUUUUGCUGAAACGUCUGCUAAAUUAUCUCUUCUUCACUGCAAAUGAAUCGGUUGUUGAAUUAGCCUCUCGC